UAGCCGCGUCUGGCGCCCGGGAGCAGCCGCUGGGCAGGGCUGGCGGCGGCGGAGGGGACGCGCGGCGCUCCUGGGUCCCUGGCAGCCCCGCUUGCACUGCUGCAACCCCGGGCCGGGCGGAAGGAAGGAAGGAAGCCCCGCAGCCAGCCAGCCAGCCGGCCCCCUUUUGCAAAGCAAGCCCGGGCAGCCCGCCUGUCCCCCCGGAGCCGCCCCGUCCAGAAGGAGCGCGCAGCAGGGCGACCUCUCGGCAUGGUCUCCCCCGGGCGCCUCGGGAGGGGACCCUGACGGGCAGCGGCAUCUCGGCAGAGUUUCCCGGCAACUUCCCUGCCUCUCCCCGCUUGACGCCAACACACCUGGGGACGGCCAGUGCAAAAGUCGAUUGAUGAACUUGCCCCUGCGGUCUAUAAAUAGGUGACAGGCAGGAUGGGGCAGAAGGUCACCGGCGGGAUAAAGACCGUGGAUAUUCGGGACCCGGCUUACAGGCCGCUGAAGCAUGAACUCCAAGGACUGGACUACUGUAAGCCCACCCGACUGGACCUCCUGUUGGACAUGCCCACCGUCUCCCGUGAGAUCCAGCUGCUGCAUUCGUGGAACAACGAUGACCGCUCGCUCAACGUCUUCGUGAAAGAGGAUGACAAGCUGAUAUUUCACCGGCAUCCGGUGGCCCAGAGCACAGACGCAAUCCGGGGCAAAGUGGGGUACACACGGGGGCUCCACGUGUGGCAGAUAACGUGGGCUAUGCGUCAGCGGGGCACACAUGCUGUGGUGGGCGUGGCGACAGCGGAUGCCCCCCUACAUUCUGUCGGGUACACAACUCUGAUCGGGAGCAACCACGAGUCCUGGGGAUGGGAUCUCGGGCGGAACCGGCUGUACCACGACGGGAAGAACCAGCCGAGCAAGACGUACCCAACUUUUCUAGAGCCAGAUGAAACCUUCAUUGUGCCGGACUCUUUCUUGGUGGUGCUAGACAUGGACGAUGGAACGUUAAGCUUCAUUGUGGACGGGCAAUAUAUGGGCGUUGCUUUUCGAGGACUCAAAGGGAAAAAGCUGUACCCAGUUGUGAGCGCUGUCUGGGGCCACUGUGAAAUUAAGAUGCGAUACUUGAAUGGGCUUGACCCUGAGCCUCUGCCUCUGAUGGAUCUGUGCCGGCGUUCCGUGCGCCUCGCGCUGGGCAAGGAUCGGUUGAAUGAGAUCCCCGAGCUGCCGCUUCCCGAAUCCCUCAAGAGUUACCUUCUCUAUCAGUGACUCCUGUUGGGAGGACUGGCUUGCACAAGAAAUCAAGUGAAGUAGAAUUGGCUGGGACAUCUCCAGACAAGGGGUUCCCUUCCCCUGCACAUAUACCUGUUGGUGCACACCUUUGGCAGAUACUGACUUGAAGUCUGUCUCUGAUCACUACGUCAAACCAAAGCCAGCUGUUUUGAGAGAACUCGAUAUGCAACUAUUGAUCCGGGAAGGGGCAGUCACAGCCCCCCACGUUUCAAACAACUGACAAACUAGCAGAAACUCAUGACACCGUUUCUCUCCAAUUCUUGGCCGCCAUCUAAGUGGUGUUCUUGUUUGAGUCCCCUCUCUUACGCUGGCUGUGGAGGGGACAAAAUUUGGGGGAAGUCAGCAGCUAAGAUACCAGGUGCUACACCUUGGCUGCUGUGUAAGUUGGUGGAUCGUGACCCGAAGCAUUACCAAAACAUCCAGUGGGCAAAACUGUGUUAGAAAAAUUCUCCAUGUGGAUAUUAUUCAUUCAGACAAAGAAACAGGUAGAAGCGGCUCUCGCUGUCGCAAGGAGAGUCCUUCUCUGUGUUGUGCCCUCUUACUGUUAGGGCUUGUGUGUGCCAUACCAGUUUGGUACCGACUGGAGGCCCAAAACCUAGAUGCUGCCAUUUUGACUGUUCUGUCUGGAUAUUCACUUGAACCUGUAAUUCUGAGGGUUGGCAUGAGAACGUCUUCAAAUGGUGCCCAGGUCCAGCCUUCUGAUGACCUGGUUGUAGGCCAUGCAGGCCUUGGGGUGGUAUUUGCUCUUCUAGACUGACUUCAGUUCAUUGGCAUGAACCCAACCCAUGUUUAAGGCUGGCCCUUGAUUUCCCCCCUGCACCUUACUUUAUGUCAGUGUUAACUGAGCAACGCUUUGGGCCUAAAAUGGCUUUGAAAUCUGCGUGUGUUGCCUGGACCCUAAGUUCUGUAAUUCUCCAAGUGCGUUCUUAGAGUCAGUGUUCUAUGGCUCGAUCCUUCCAUCUCCUGCCACUGCAGUGUGUAGCAAAACUUUGUAAUCCUCAGAGUUCAGGUUAUGUCAAGAGGGAGAGGGGAAACGGAUCCUCCACAGUUAUCUUUUGUUUCCAUAUUGGAGGUCAGGAGACAAGGGUGUCUGUAUAUUUGGUCACUCCCUGCCUUGUCACGUAGCUGGACAAAUCUCCAGCGGGCAUCCAAGAGAGAGACCACCUUCCAGCCACCGUUGUGAACUAACUUUGCAAGAAAGGACUCCCCCCAUCAGCAGCUACUGUGAACUAACUUUGUAAGAAAGGGCUCCCCCCACCAUUUAUGUCCAGCCAAGCUUUAAAUGGGUCUGAAAUGCAAGUCAUCAGGAAACCACAGGAUUUUUGGCUGGCAGUUGAAAUACAACUGUUCACUUGCAUAGCCUUGGGAAAGGGGGAUCAGAGGCCUACAGGAACGCCACUUGGUACAGAGUAGGGGCAGUGAAUGGAACGCCAUCCAUGCUCGGCUCCUGGCGUGCGCAGGUGGUCUAGAAGAGCAAAUUGUCUUUCUCAAGCCAUUUUUACAGCUGUCUCAGUUCAGCAAACUUCUAAAGUUGCCUUAGAGGGAUUAAUUUUUUGCACAUAUUUUUUUCUUCUCGUGGGGAAGGAAAACACCCUUGAGUGUCUUUCACCAGAUUUGUGUGUGGGGGGCGGGGGGAUCUUCUCUUUUUAUUCUGUACAGGUACAAAUGGACUUGUUCGUUAGAAAAUGUUAAUAUAUUUUUUUUCCUUGGUUUGUAAAAAGGACUGAUGAGGAGGGGUUUUUUGUUUUUAAGAAAAGCUGCUGUAGGGAGUUAAUUUUUUGUUUGUUUGUUUUAAACUAAGUUGCCUAUUUUUUAAAAAGUGCACAGAGGGUGCCAAGAUCAGAUUUGGGCAGGGGCCUUGACCAGAGUCUUUUUAAAAGGGGGAAAAAAACCUGUUACACAGGGUGGGACACUUAAAAUUGCACAAAGUUUUAAAUGUGUACAGAGCCAAGAAUUUUAAUUGGUCUGUUCUGCACGCGUCUUCCACGGUCACCUGGAAUCAGCCACAUUGCCUGGUGUCUCUGGAACCACCGCCUCUCCUUUUCACCUCUGUCUCCUGUUUAAACCCGUGGUGUGUUUGGCUUGUACAGUUUUUAAAUGUCUUGUUUUUCCCCCCCUUAUUGACUAUAAAUAAUCAGUAAUCAAACUGACAAAAAUAAACUUUAUUAAAUAUUGAGCAUC